UUAUUUAUUCACUAUUGGAUUCUUUUGUCUUCACUUGCCACAAAAUGAUGACAAUUGGAAGUGCAAAAACGAUUUGGGGAAGACGUGCAUUUGACGUGGAUUUGAUGUGUGCGUUUGCCAAGAAGUAGACAGCACCUGGCUUGCUUUUGCUGGUGCACAUCAGCUCGGUGAAACGUAUAUUUGCUUGUAUUUUGAAACUGAUAUUUCAGGUAAAUGCCAUUUUUACAAGAUGCUUUCUUGUGUGUCAUUGCGUGGGCAGGCUCUCUCCGCUUCUGUCUCUGUGCUUGUGCGUGCGCGCCCGCGCGCGUGCGUUUGUGUGUAACGCGUUCCUGGCCGUGUUUGGACUCCGGUGGGAAAAUUGUUUGCACACAUGCACAUGGCGUUGGUGUGAUGGUGCCUUGAUGGACCAGACAGAAGAAUAAUACUUUAUGGGGCCGCUUUUAUUUUAUUUGCGCUAUUGUUUGUAUUUUUUUUGUGUGUGUGUGCAGAUUUGUUCAUUGGUGAUACAGAGAUUUGUUUUAGCGAGCUGGGCGUGUUUAGGAAGGGGGAAUUACUGAAAGUAAACAAAUAAUGCACGUUGGUCAUUGUGUGUAUGUGUGUGUGUGGGGGGGCGCGUGUGUGUGUGUGCUUGUGUGCGUAUGUGCGUGCAUGCGCGUGUAUUUUAUUGUGUGCCUACCUGACGGGAGUCUUAAUGUCAAGAGAGAGCACUACGACACCAUUUUAUCUGUGGCUGGUGGGAAUGUAGCUGCUCAGUGCUAACAGCUAGUCGCAAUUUCCUGUAACAAAAAUCACGCCAGUUUAGUCGGAUCUUGCAAAUUGUAAAAAGAGUCAAAUCAUCUCCCUCCGUUGCAACUUACAUUUGCAUUUGUGCGUUUGCUUUUCGUGGCCACCAGAGGGCAGUACAGUACGAAUAUCAGCAUGUCCAAAGUCCAGUCCGCGGGCCGUAUUUGGCCCGCGUCUAAAUUUAAGCUGGCCCGAGGCAUUGUGUGAAAAAAACAACAAUAAAUGGCCAGCUGGCACUGUCGCUGGGACCUGCGUGCCCCAGAGCGAACCACAGAAAUGAAAUUCGUCCUCACGGGAACGCGCAUAUGAACCACCGCUCAUGAUCGGUUGCGAGCGUGUCUCCUCCGUCCCUUCCCGAUCACCCGCACAUAAGUAUCCAUUUGCAAGAUAAUCAGUGACACAGACACUUCCUCAUUCAAAUGUCCAAACACCAAGGACUAAGGCGACGCUAAAAUCAGAGACGCUGCAAGUAAUGCUGCACAGGGAAAGGCAAAAAAAACAAAAAAAAACGGACUACUGGUGACAGCUGUCUUCUUCUUACUAACUCUACACACUACUAUGUGUCCGCGCUGUCCACUCACAGUGAUUGCAAAGAACAAAAAGACUAUGGAUUAUUAUUUUGUGAUUAUGAAGUAAUUUGUUGCCUAUGAAGUUGAAAUAAAAAAGAUAAAAUGGAAAAUGAUUUAAUUUGGAUCAAAAAUCUGACAUGAUGCAACCUGGCCUGUUUACUGCAGUUACACAAAUAUCACCCUUCUUAUUAAUACAACAAUAACAAUAAUGAAACAAACUUAAUACAUCUAUUAAAAAAAUCGACAACAGAUUUUCAUUUGUAAUAUCAAUUUAUCUGCAGACAGCAAAGGAUAUAGUUACAUAAUUACAAGUUCACUUACAAUGGAAAUGGUUCAAGGAAUGUUGGUGCGAAUGGUCGGCCCCCAUACAUUUUCAUCUAACCAAAUCUGGCCGCCUUGCCAAGUUUGGACACCCCUGGAAUAGAGCAAAGAUAUUUAUCCAUUACGCCCGUCUGUGUUUAGAGCCACCUCAAUGUUGAUGCUAAUUCCGUUAGCCUGUCUAUGGCACUUGUUAGCAUUAAGCUAACAUAAUGUGUUUUGUUCUGGCUUCAUUUCUUUGAAGUGGUUUUUUUUUUUUUUGCUCUGCCGCGUGUCAAGUUUGCUGCUGCCGCCGACUGCUCCUCUCUCAAAUUUGCUCCCGCAACUCAAGACAAAAUCGCCUGACGACGUUUGUAUUUUGGUUCGCUUUGCCAGAAUGCUCGAGAAAUGAUGCAACAGAUUAUUUUUUCCGUCUUCCUCCGGGGAAAAGUGCCUCUUGAAUUUUGCAAGAGCCAAAAGACAUGCGCAGCUCCCCUCGAGGCUUUCUAUAGACUGCGACUGAGUCGCUAAUUAACUGUACUUUCUCGGACGCGCGCACACACAGAUGUCUGUCCUGUCUUUCUCUCGCGCUGUUUAUUUUCCAGCCUCCAUCUGGAGUCUGCUGAUAUUGUAAUCGCCCUAAUGCAUAUUGCCUUCCCCUCACGCACGCAGUGUGCCCGUCCUGACGAGCCCCCUUUCUUAUUCUUUUCUUAUUCCAAAAAGAUAAGCCUCUCCUCUGGAUGUGAUUGUGUCGGCGUGCAAAUACGCCAGGUGAAUCCUUAAAAAGGCGAGCCGCGGCGGCAAAGUGAAGACGUUGCCUGCUAUCACCUCCGUUCUGCACUUAAAAAGAUGGAGUGCGCCAAUGUGUGUGUCUGCGGGAUUUUGAGACCAUUAAGAGCCCAAUACACUCACAUUUGUCAGAAGGACAUUUUCAUUUUUUUAUACGAGCUGCUGCAUUCGGUAGACUCAGGAAAGCGAGUACCAUAGGAAAUUAAAUACAGUAUCAAAAAUAAUCAAAUAAGAUCGAGAUGUCAAUUUCACGUCAACACGGCGGCAGAACUGAAUCCAGUUUUGCUUUUGAUGUGUUUUACGAGUGUCUUGUUGACGCGGCCGACAAACUGCCCGCCGUUGUGAAAAAGUGCCAAUUAUUUUGUUUGCCGAUACAGAAAGUGCUCGACAGUAAAAGCGGCGUUGACGCUCUGGGCAAGAAGAAGACGACGACGGUCAAUUUUCUUUCCAUGCGGUCGAGAGUAUAACACCUCAUUUAGUUUAACUUGUUCUAAACCAGGAAGUGGCUCAAUUAUGCACGAUGGCAAUGCCGAGGAAAGCGGCGCAAAAAUUGAACAAAAUUCUUGGCUCCCUCCACGUGAUUAUUAUUUACUUCCCAAUAUUUGAAGGCAAGUGCAACUUUAUCAAGGUAUUAUUUUAAAAGCCCAGGAUCAUAGAGCGAGAGAGAACAACGUCUUGACCAAACCAAUCUCGCAGACACGCAAUAAGAAAUUGGGGGUAAACUCGUCCCACCUCGUCAGUCCGAGGAAUAUUUUUGCAGAUGUUGCGAGAUUGUUUGGCUUUUGCGGCGAUGAUUUCUUGGCCAUCUGUUUCCUGCAACACCGUCCGUCACCUAUGUGUCUUUAUCAACAUCUGCUUUUGGCUACAGCCCGCACCCCCUGCCGCCGCAUGUGCUAACUAUUAGCAUGUCGAAGCAUUGAGAAAGUUAAAUACGUUUUGGUCUUUGACUCCUUUUUUGCCUUGUUUCCAUAACUGCAAACGAUUUAGUGGUUUCACGCAUCCCCGUGCCGUGUUAGCCGUUAGCGACCUGAAAACCCAAUUUUCGGAUGCCGUGUUUUUAGAACAACGUGUUUUGCUGGUGAGUGCAUUUCCUCCAUUUCAAAAAUCCAAAAGAGUUGUGAGUGAAAGUGACAUAUUCCCUUUUCUCUGCAUAUUUAGCUGAAAGUCACACGUGACAGGGCUCCCGAAAAGGCCAGCGGUACCGUGGCGGGCUCAGAGCAUCGAGCAAGCGAGAAAGCAGGCCGGCCUUAGUGACCGCAUGGAAUGUUUCCACCAAAAUAGACUCCACAAUCGCAACGUGGCUGACGGAGACUUGAUGGAAAACAGCGGCCGACCGGCCGGGCAACAGGAACCGGGCUGGGCCAGCCACACAAUGGGCCUUCAGAAUGAGAGGAACCCAGAUAGCCCUGCCGCUCAGGAACCAGAAGAGGAACCUGCAAUGGCAGAGGAUGGGAACGCCGGGCUGCUCAGGAUAUGAGCAGAUGCACAGUGCUCAGGAUGUUUGUUUUUGCUUUUUUUUUUUUUUUUUGAUUGGGGCCGCGGAUGCAGGAGGCUUGACGGCACCGGGAAGUGCGACCCCGGCUCGUCCUGGCCGUCCUAUCAGGCUUCCUCUGAGGCCUGGUGGGAAGCCCACGUAUGCCAAGAAAGAAGACUACUCCACUUAUGGACUCCUCUGCGGCUCUUUCCUGAAGAAAUUUACGGAAAAGCUGAGGCGAGCAUGAAAAGAGCAACAGAUUUGUCUGAAAUGUUACGAUGCGCCAUGAAUAGCUUAGCAUCCGUCUGCAGAGGAAGAAGAGUGCGAAGGCGGGCCCAGAUGGUUGGGGACCUGCCGCACGCACCCCGAGUGUGCGAGGCUUCACGCAUCUGCUCUCCUUGCGCCAUUUCGGCUGUUUUGGUGCACCUCCCCAGAGAUCGCCCCCACCCCCCCUCAGAAAAUAUGCGCCGUACAUCUCGGAGUCGCUGUUUUGCUUUCAGCAGCACGACUCGCUACCAUCUGCAGCAGUCGGGGGUCUGGCCGCCGCUCUUCUCCUCUUCGCUCCUCGCUUUAUUGAUUAUUGGCCACCCGGGGAGGCAGCCAGCCCGAGCUAACAGCUAGCGGCAGCCCCUCGCGCAGAUCCUAAAAGCCUCGGAUUGUGGAAUGCAGAAUUGGACACAUAGAGAAGAAAAAGGUCUAUGUGCCUUUUCCUUUCAAAUGCUGCUCGUGUGUUAAGGCAAUAAACAAGCCAAUACGGAUGAGCCCAUGUUGUUGUUGUUGUGCAAACAUGUCAAGCUGACAUUAAACGUGCUGUCUGCAUUGAGCACGCUUGUUUCUCAAAGCGAGUCUUUUUAUUAGCAAGCGGAGUGUUUCUUGGAACCAAGCGUGGAGCUCCUCUGGCAAUUUCACUGCCAAGAGUCGCAUUUUGUCAUCCUCGCUUUUUUCUUUGUUUCUGCGUUAUUGUUGUGAUGACAUUUGUGGCAGCUCGCCUCCAUUACUGGCGGUGGAAGAGCGUGUCGGCCUCGUUGGCUCCCAAUCAUCUCCGCACGCUUUUUCUCUCGCAGGAAUGAAGUGUUUUGUUGCCUUUUUUUGCGCCCUCGUGUCUGACGAGGACUAAACACGACGACAUAUGUUAAUCAAACGUCUGGAUGGCAGCAGACUGCUGCGAGGGUGGGGGCGCCAAUGACACCAAAGAAGAAGCAGGGGGGGUGACAGGAAGUGGUUGGGGAUCAAUAUCGGCGUCCAUUAGUUGAACCUAGUGUAGACUCCACAAUGCGCAUGACACGCUGGAAGUGCUCGGAAGAAGCAGUUAUUGUAUGUCAAAUGGAGUAGUGUUUCCAUGGCGAUCGGGGUUGUUUUCCUCCCGGUUUUGGUGUUACUGUGUCAUCUGAAAUGUUUUUGUGGUGAAAUGGAGCAAGCGUAUUUCUAGCAAAAUGUUGUCGAGCGCCAGAAGGGGCUAUCUUGCCAGCCGUGGUUUUGGAAAACCUUCCGCUUUUUCGAAAACAGCGCCUCUAGUGGCAGGCGGGGAAAGUUCGGGUAUUGGCUGUUGUCAAGCAGCGUGGUACAUGGGGGAAAAAAAUGACCAUGACAAAAUGGGGUCAAGGGUCGAUAGAAACAUGCUCCAAUAGAUGUGAAACCAUUGCAAAGAGUAAAAGUGAGCAGUGUUUUGGAUUUUUUUUUUUUUCUUGUGUGAUGUGUGAUUUGGUGGGGGCCCGUGGAAGCUGGAGCAAGGACAAGCCAACGCCAGCGGAGCGAGAAGUCGCUGGCGGUGCACAGAUGGUCGCCCUGGGAAGCGCUCCACCAUGCCCGACUCACCUGCGGACGUCAAGACGCAGUCCAGGUUAACCCCACCCGCCAUGCCUCCCCCGCCCAGCACGCAAGGACCUCCCCGAAGCAGCUCCUACACCCCGACCACCCGUUUCUCCCCUCCCCCGGUGACGAACGGCAGCAGUAGCCACUCGCCCACGGCGCUGAACGGGGCGCCGUCGCCACCCAACGGCUACGGCAACGGGCCGGGCUCAUCCUCGUCGUCGCUGGCCAAUCAGCAGCUGCCGCCAGCGUGCGGCGCCCGGCAGCUGAGCAAGCUCAAGCGCUUUCUCACCACGCUGCAGCAGUUCGGCAACGACAUCUCGCCCGAGAUUGGCGAACGCGUGCGCACACUCGUCCUCGGAUUGGUGAAUUCCACGCUAACCAUCGAGGAGUUCCACUGCAAACUGCAUGAAGCCACCAACUUCCCCCUGCGACCUUUUGUCAUCCCCUUCCUCAAGGCCAACCUGCCGCUUCUGCAGCGUGAGCUCUUGCACUGCGCCCGUCUGGCCAAGCAGAACCCGGCGCAGUACCUGGCACAGCACGAGCAGCUGCUGCUGGACACCAGCACCUCGUCGCCCAUCGACUCAGCCGACCUGCUGCUUGACGUCAAUGACAACGGCAAGAGGCGCACACCUGACAGAAGCAAAGAGAACGGCUUCGAGCGCGACGGCGCCUUGCACGGUCCCGAUGUACAUCCGAGCAAGCGGCCGUGCACCGUCAGCCCCAGCCAGCGCUUCAGCCCGUCCAACGGCGUGGCGUACCCGCCCAACGGGCUGGGCCACCCAGGGGGCCCGCUGCCCCCGCCGCCACAUUACCGGCUGGACGACAUGGCUGCCGCCCAUCACCACUACCGCCACCCGCCCACCAGUCACAGGGAGAUCCGCGAGAGGGCCCGAGCUAUCGGCAUCCACGGUGCGGGGGGCCGCCAGGACGAGAUGAUCGACCACCGGCUGACGGACAGGGAGUGGGCUGAGGAGUGGAAGCACCUUGACCAUGUAAGAAAACUGCUCAACUGCAUCAUGGACAUGGUGGAGAAGACGCGGCGCUCACUGACGGUGCUGCGACGCUGCCAGGAGGCCGACCGCGAGGAGCUCAACUACUGGAUCCGGCGCUACAGCGACGCCGAGGAGCUCAAGAAAAGCGUGGCCUCUGCCGCCGCUUCCAGUGGCCAGUCCAGGCAGCAGAGCCCUGCAGCGCAGGACAACACCACAACAGACAUUCACAGGGAGCUUCUGCAUCGGCCUGUUUCUGGCUACGUCCCUGAAGAAAUCUGGAAGAAAGCGGAGGAGGCGGUGAACGAGGUGAAGCGUCAGGCGGUGUCGGAGCUGCAGAAGGCCGUGUCAGAGGCCGAGCGCAAGGCCCACGAGAUGAUCAGCGGCGAGCGCGCCAAGAUGGAGCGGACGGUCGCCGAGGUCAAGCGACAGGCAGCCGAGGACGCGCUUUCUAUCAUCAACCAGCAGGAGGACUCCAGCGAGAGCUGUUGGAACUGCGGGCGCAAAGCCAGUGAGACGUGCAGUGGCUGCAACACGGCUCGCUACUGCGGCUCCUUCUGCCAACACAAAGACUGGGAGAAGCACCACCACGUAUGCGGGCAAACCCUGCAAGCCCAGCCGCCGGCACCGCAGCAGCAGCACGGGGGCGCUGCCGCCGCCCUCCCCACCCCCGAGACCCCCGCCCCGCUCAGCUCGUCGGCCUGUACCCCCAGCAGCUGUGCCGGCAGUCCGGCCCCCACGCCACCCGCCGCCCCCCGCUCUGCCACCCCGGGCACGCCGUCGUCAUCCUCCGCCCCGGACGGCCACUAGAGGGAGCCACGUACCUCGCAGCGUGAUGUGGGUCAUAUUGACCCGCCUUGACUUUAACAGCAAAGAUAUUCUUUGCUGCCAGUGAAUGAAUGUAAAUAGAUGCUCGCUUUUGGCUCCUCGUCGUCUCGCUCGUUCUCGUCGCCGCUAUUCUUGUCGUGUUUUUCUUGUAUAAUAGACGGAGCAGAGACAGCGAGCGGCAUUGUCCCGCCCCACUAAAAGUUGGAUCUGAGUCAACCACCGACGAUCCAACUUUCACAUUGUCGCAAAGGCAAAGUUGCUGUAUAGUCUUGAUGCAUUUCCGGCCAAGGUGAAGCGUCUUUUGAAAAGGCACUUGUGGUCAUUCUCGCCGUCUUGCGUCACGUUUGGAGUCUGUGGUUGUCUCAGAUGGGCUGCUGGAGUUUUGAUUCUCCAUUCUGAUCGGAUUACUCGUGCCCUCCCUGGAUUAUGACUUUUUUUUCCCCCACCAAUGAGCAAAGAUGCGGAAUAUUCAACUUUCCCUUUUUUUCUCACUUAUAACACAAUGGAAUACGGAGGAAUUUGCAAGAACCUUCCAAAACGGUCCAAAAUCCGAGUUGGCAAACGACGGAAUACAAAAUGACAAGAACGCAAAAAAAGACAUUUUGGAUGCGACGAAGGAAUGAAAUGUUCGGAAACUCGUCACAUUUCAAAUUGGUGCUCUUUGCUUCCCUCUACGUUCGUAUGAGUCUCGAGUCUUGGCCCAAAAGAUUUGUACAAUUUUGACAAUAGACCACACGACGUCUUUACCCCGGUUGGCCGUCACCACGACGACGACGUUUUCGUUUCUUGCCGUGCUUUCAUGUGACUCGUAUGUACGAGCUGACCUUCCUCCUCCAUGCGAAUAAUUGCUUGCGACAUCUCAGAGCUGCUACUCGAAUCCGAGCCAGAAUUUUUUUUUCUGUGAACUAGCGCAGGAAUGCAAACUGUUAUUAUUUAUAUUUGUUUUUUGAAAACCGAAAUGUAUUUGCACUGUGGUGGGUGUUCCUUAUAGAGCAUGCUGAUUUUUUUUUUCCUGUAUGUUGGCGUCAACAUGUUUUGACAUUGCAGAACGUGAACAACUCCCCCCCCAUCCAUUUUUCAACGUGAUAGCUACGCUUGGCUCUUCUCACAAUAGACAAUGGCGCAUGUUGGUCGAUAUUUUGGAUUUUGUAGAAAAAUGACAAAACUGGAGAACAACAAAAACAAGUCAUUUUAACAAACAAAUUUUCCAAAUGGCGUAUACUCUGAUUGAGAGCUUUAACACUGCAAUGCACCAGGUUACGCACCCGCCCACACCCACGUGUGCACACACACACACACACACACACACACUCACACACACGUUAAAAACAGCCAAAGAUUAACACCGAGCAUCAAAUCAUUAUUUUUCCUCCCCCAAUGAAACUGGUGACUUCUUGAGUGACUUUUAACUGAAUGAUUUAAGCAAUAAUUAUAAAAAUUGCGGCAACUUCUUUUUUUUUCUAUUUGCAGGCAUUUUCUCAUUCCACACCCAAAUUUUGCUUUAAGUGGCUUGGUGGAUUUCUUCCCGUCCUUGCUCAUUUUCAUUUGACAAUGCCAGUUAGCAGUUGCCAGUCCUUUGCCGCCAGUCGCCACCAUACCUGACACACACAAACACUUGCUGCCGCACACACACACACACUAACGCAGAUGUGCACACACGGCCCAUGCAUGCACGUGCAACAAAAUGUGACCUCAGAUGAACGUUGUUCCAGUGCAUUGCUAAAGGCUUAAAAGUGUCCAAAAAGGUGUCUGACACCUCCGAAGCUGUGAAAAAUGAAAACAGCCCGGCUGUUUUCAACAUCUUUGUUUUUAGUAGCGACAAACGUGGGUUUAAAAAAAAAUUGCGUAAAUUCUUUUGAUAUUUUGCUGCCGCUGCAAGUUUCACUCUACCUCUUUUCCACUACUUCUGGUCUUUUAUUUCAAAAACAAAGACAACAGGAAAAAAAGAACUCAACCCAAAGUGGAAGCUCAUACAGCUGUGCAAAACCAUCUUGCUAACAAUGCAGACCUCGUCAAGUUGGAUUUUUAUCCAACAUUUUUGUCUACGUCAACACCUGUAAAAAAAAAAAAAUGGCCUCAAAAGAUUAUUGUUGUUCUUUACUCCCGAAGAAACCUAUUCAUAAUGUUGUGAUGUUACAAGACCAAAAAGACACACAAAAAAUAGCAAAAUUCCUUGGCAAAGACAUUCCCAAAAUCUGGGUUCUAGCUGGGUCCAAAUCGCCAACCCUCCGGAUUUUGAACGACCCGCUCUCCUGCCUGAGCCACAGCUGCCACAUUCUCUGUACUUCAAAACUCGCAUUACGGCAAUGUUCAUUUUUCUUGGACGUAUUUCUGUUUUUCUUCAUGAGUGUCGUUCCUUAAAAGUCCCCCAAAGUGGUAAAUGUCAGUCGCAUUAAUCCGGAGCUGUUUUUUGCGGAUGGAAGGGUUUCAUUUUGAUUUCAUUUCUUAAGAAAUUGAUUUAAAGAAAAAAAACAAAAUGACAACAAAGAAAAAAAAAUGUGGUUGUGCAAUAGUGGAGACCACAGCUCGAGAAAGAGAGCUAUCGCAGUCUACUAUGUCAGAACUGUGCUUUUCUUGUCGACUUGGUUUUUGCGUUCUUUUUCUUGUUCUGAUAAUGAUUGCGUUUGGAGGCUGUAAACUAAAUGGUCAGUCUGUGAAACUUUGCAGUAUCAUGCUGGUAUUGAUGUUCUCUUUACGGUGUAAUAAAAUAUCUUAUUACCUGC